AUGGAUAUUCAGAGUGACGAGAUGUUCAGAUUACUCAAAGUUAGAAUCAAUGAAUGGUCUUAAGCAGCUAAAUUAGCUCAAACAGUUGUUGCCCAACCAGGAGCUGCCUCAGUUUCAUCGAAAGUAAAGGCAAAGCCAGCUCACAAAUAGCAAGAAGAGAAGAAAGAAGUUCCAACUUUUAUUGAUGCCACUCCACUAGGUGAGAAGAAAAAUAUGACUCUACCAAUGGCAUCAGAGUAUCAACCUAAAUAAGUUGAAGCUGCCUGGUAUGCAUGGUGGGAAAAGCAAAAGUUCUUCCAUGCUGAUGCCCAGAAAGUUUUAAAUGAUCCAAGCGUGAAGAAAUUCAUCAUGGUUAUCCCACCACCAAAUGUCACUGGUGCUCUUCAUUUAGGACAUGCGCUCAUGCUUGCUAUUGAAGAUUGCAUCACCAGAUGGAAGAGAAUGUCUGGCUAUGUCACACUCUGGCUUCCAGGUGUUGAUCAUGCCGGUAUUGCUACACAAUCAGUUGUUGAGAAGCAACUUUGGAAAAAAGAGAAGAAGACUAGACACGAUCUCGGCAGAGAGAAGUUUGUUGAGUCUGUUUGGUAAUGGAAGGACGAGUAUGGUGGAAGAAUUAACAACCAAUUUAGAAGAUAUGGUAUCUCUGUUGAUUGGGAUAGAUUCGCUUUCACUCUUGAUGAAACAAGAUCAAAGGCUGUAAUUGAAGCCUUCGUUAGAAUGCAUGAGAAAGGUAUUGUCUACAGAACUACUAGACUAGUUAACUGGAGUUGUGCUUUGAAAACUGCUCUGUCAGACUUAGAAGUUGAGUAUCUUGAUCUCAAAGAACCAACAUUUAUUAAGGUUCCUGGUCAUGAUCCAAAUAAUAAAUAUGAAUUCGGUACUCUUACUGAGUUUGCUUACAAAAUCAAGGGAACUGAUAGAGAAAUAGUCGUUGCUACUACUAGAUUGGAGACAAUGCUAGGUGAUGUUGCUGUUGCCGUUCACCCAGAAGAUCCAAGAUACAAGGACUUAAUUGGUUUGGAACUUGAACAUCCUUUCAUUCAGGAUAGAGUAUUGAAAGUAAUUGCAGAUCCAAUUCUUGUUGAUAUGAACUAUGGUACAGGAGCAGUCAAGAUUACCCCUGCUCACGAUCAUAAUGAUUAUGCUUGCGGUAAGAGAAACGGUCUUGCUAACAUUAAUGUCUUCGAUGAAGAUGGUAGAAUCAACUAAAAUGGUGGUAAAUAUGCUGGCUUAAUGAGAUUCGAUUGCAGAAACUAAAUCUUCAAGGAUAUGACAGAAAUGGGAUUAAUCAAGGGAAAAAGACCAAAUGAAAUGAGACUUGGUAUUUGCUCCAAGAGUAAUGAUAUUAUCGAGCCUUACCUUAAGCCAUAAUGGUAUGUCGACUGUAAAGAUCUCGCCAAGAGAUCUUGUGAUGCUGUUAGAAGCAAAGAGCUCCUUAUUGUUCCAGAUCAAUAUGAAAAAGUUUGGUUCGACUGGCUUGAGAAAAUUCAAGAUUGGUGUGUGAGUAGAUAGCUAUGGUGGGGACACAGAAUUCCUGCUUAUCUUGUAACAAUCCCAGGUGUCAUUGAUCACCCAGAUACAUAAAACGAGGAUCAUUACGUUGUUGGUAGAAACGAAGAGGAAGCUAGAUAAAAGGCUGCUCAAAAGUUCAAUGUCUCACCAGAUCAAGUGAAGCUUGUUUAAGAUGAGGAUGUACUUGACACAUGGUUCUCAUCUGGACUUUUCCCCUUCUCAACACUGGGAUGGCCUGAUAAUGAAAGUGCAGAUCUCAAAUCAUUCUUCCCAGGAGAUCUUCUUGAAACUGGCGGUGAUAUCAUCUUCUUCUGGGUAGCCAGAAUGGUCAUGAUGAGUUUGUGUCUAACUGACUAACUUCCUUUUAAAACUGUUUUCUUGCAUCCAAUGGUUAGAGACGAAAAAGGUAAAAAAAUGUCCAAAUCAAAGGGAAAUGUUAUUGAUCCACUUGAGGUGAUGGACAGCUGUACCCUCCAAGCAUUGUUAGCCAAGCUAUAUGAAUCAAACCUCGCUGAAAGUGAAAUCAAAGAGGCUGAAUAAGAAAAGAAGAAGAAAUUCCCAUAGGGUAUUCCAGAGUGCGGUACUGAUGCUCUCAGAUUUGGUCUUCUCUCCUAUAUGAUCCAAGGAAGUAUUAACCUUGAUGUCCAAAGAGUUGUUGGAUAUAGACAAUUCUGCAAUAAACUUUGGAAUAUCGUUAAGUUUGCUCUAUCAAAUUUACCAGAAGGAUUUGUUCCAGAAGUAAAUGGACCAGAUGGAUUAAAGCUAUCUUUAGCAGAUAAAUGGAUUCUCACUAGACUUAGCAAGACUAUCGACAGUACAAACUAAUUAAUGGAAAAUUACAAGCUUGGAGAAAUGGUCAUGGGAUUAUAUGAUCUAUGGCUUAAGGAACUUGCUGAUGUUUACAUCGAAGCCAUAAAGCCAGUGAUGAAGGGAACUGAUGAGGAAGCUAAGAAAGCUGCAAGAAACACAUUGUUUAGAUGCCUUGAUUAUGGACUUAGACUUCUCCACCCAACUAUGCCAUAUUUGACUGAGGAGCUCUUCCAAAGAUUACCUCAUAGAAAUGAUAGCCAACCAGACUCUAUUUGUAUUGCAGCCUUCCCACAGAAUUAAUAAUCAUUCGAAAGUGAGCAAGUUGAGGAUAAAGUUAGAGAUCUUUUGAAUUCAGUAAAGGCAUUUAGAUCUCAGCUCUCAGCUUUAAAUGUUGCCAAGAAUGCUAACCCCCACAUUGUCUUGAGAUGCAGAACUGAAGAAUUGAAGUAAGUAUUUAUUCCAGAGGCAGCAAUCAUUUAAUCUCUGGUUAAGAGUGGUUAAGUUGAUAUUCUCGGACCAAGUGAUUAGGACCCAGCUGGAUGCCUUAAAAAUCAUUUGAAUGAAGACUAUCAAACUUUAAUUAAAGUCGUUGGAUUAAUUGAUGUCAAGUUGGAGAUUGAGAGAAUAAAAAAGAGACAAAAUGAGCUUACAAAGCUUAUGGAUGGACUUAAGAAGAAGAUGAACGUUCCAGGUUACGAGCAAAAGGUGCCAGAAGCUGUAAGGAAUGAAAAUCAGGAUAAAUUCAACGGAUAUCAAAGAGAGUUUACUGAGAAUGAAAAGUCACAAAGUGAUCUUGCUCAAUUCCUAUGA